CUAUGCCCCCCCCCCCCCCCCCCCUCUCUCUCUCUCUCUCUCUCUCUCUCUCUCAACCAUAGAUACACACAGACACAGGCACACACGUGCUCUCACAAAUUCUCUUUCUCUCACUCUCUCACUUUCUCCUACACACUUCCGGGUAACGCUCUCACUCCUCUCUGUGUUUCAGGGUCAGUAUGGAGGAGGCCGACCUGUUGAAGGAGCGGCUCCAGGCCAUAACGGUAAAGCUACAAAACAAUACAUCUUUAUUGUUCCAUUACACAGAGACAACGGAUAUUUGGUAAUUUUUUGCUGUCGCAGUACCCAAAUGAUUCCCUAUUGUCUAUUCAUGUGAAAGAAAGAGUAGCUUUUCUGAAAGCUACACAUUUGAAAAGGUCAGAGGCAUUUAUGAAGCUAUUUGUGUUGUGAUGAUUCUGCAAAUGAGAAUGGAUGGCAACGGUAUCUAGUAGCUGUGAAAGAGACCUAGCUAAUCAUCAGGAUAUCUUGUUUUAGAAGUGAAGGUCAAACACUUGGUGUCAGGAAGUGAGAGUAAACUCAUCACUACAGUUCAGUAUGUAGUCUGAGAGAUCUAUAGACCUGGGGCGGCAGGUAGCCUGGCUGGUAGGAGCGUUGGGCCAGUAACCGAAAAGUUGCUGGAUUGAAUCCCCGAGCUGACAAGGUAAAAAUCUGUCGUUCUGCCCCUGAGCAAGGCAGUUAACCCACUGUUCACUGGGCUCUGAUGACGUGGAUGUAGAUUAAGGCUGCCCCCCGCACCUAUCUGCUUUAGAGGGAUUGGGUUAACUGUGGAAGACACAUUUCAGUUGAAUGCAUUCAGAUGUACAACUGACUAGGUAUCCCCCUUUCCUUUUCUUUCCCAGUCUGAGUUUCCUGUCUGGCUGUCUUCACACUUCACUGAUUUCAGUAAACUUGAUUCACUCUAGCUGUGCGUCCACAGAGCUAGCUGUCAGUAGACUAGACUUCAUCUGGGAUAUCCAUUCUCCCUGGGGCUUAGUAAUACAAGGAUCAAACCUGGGACUAUUAAUAGACAACAAUAUGUCUGAUCACCACACUUUACAUUACAGAUAUGUCUAUGCAGUUAUAACUUUUCUACAAAAAUUAAGACAGAGGCAUUAUAUCUCUCUGAUAAUGCUAAAAACCAUUAGAAAAUAAGUAUUAGAUCUUCUGAUCUAAUGUAGGAAGUACUGUGUGUUUCUACAAACAAAAAAAAUGCUAACCCAGCACUGGAUAAAUAUUGGACAGAACACACAGUGGGCUAUUUUGACCCAGCUAGUUGGAAUUCCUGAAUAACCCAACAUGUUGGGUUGUUGGGAUUAACUAAACAUGGGUUAAUUUAAGCAUCAGUUGUGUGUUUUUUUGUUUCAUGCUGAGUUCACCUAGCAGCUGGGUCUUUUCUUUAUAUAAUCCUUAGGUUAUUUUCAGGAGGCGUGGCUUAUUAGGGGUGUGGCUUUCAGAUAGAUCUUAUUGGCUACCCGUGAGAGUAAAUGCCAUUCCUGUUCAUCAUGUUAAGUUUACAUACUGUAAAUUAUUAUUAUUUUGUGCAUUUUACACAUUCUUCUAGAAUAUUAUGAAUAUUUAUUACAUAUUUUAAUAAAGUGGUAAUCUAUCCCAACAAUGGGAUUUGCAUAGGCUUUUAGGGAACUCAUACACUUCUCUAAACCUCAUUGAAGCUCCGAAAAUGUCAAUGUUCAAGCUUAACGUGAUUACUAUACAACAGAACAGAUUAACAGGAAUGACAUUUACUCUCACGGGUGGCUAAACAUUAGUAUCUGAAAGCCACGCCCCUACCAAAAUACGCCUCCAGUCUUCUGAUCUCAAUAACCCAGCACCAACAACCCAGCAUCAACAACCCAACCUUGCUCUUUUUAAAGAAAAGAUCCCAACUAAGUGACCCAACGCCUGCAACCCAGCGGUUGGGUCAACCAAACAAUCCAACCAUAAAGGGUAGGCCUAUACGCAUAGGGCCGGUUUCCUAGACAGAGCCAUUGAAAUAGUGUUUUAGUGCAGGACUAGGCUUCAUCUUUGUCUGGGAAACCAGCCCAAAGGGUAUUUAUAGAGAGAAACUGCUAAAAUGUUAUAUUGACCAGAUGGACACUGUGGACAGGUUGUAUCUGACUUGCUAUGAUGUCACAGGCAUCUCCCUGCCUGAUUGGACACAGUGGGGUGCUGGAGCGUUCCCAUUGGUUGGAAUUAUGAGAAUACAAUAGCCAUGACUAGCUGUAGAUUCAUUUAUGUCUAUGAAAUGACAAAAACAGGUGAAAUCUCUCCAUUGACAAAGCCAUGCUUGAAUGUCUUCACAGGAAAAAAGAAGAGUCCAGGACGACAUCGCAAAGAAAAGGAGACAAAUUGAGGAGGAAAAAUUAAAACUCCAGUGUUUAAAGGUAUGUUUUAGUCGAAACUGUUAUCUACAUUGUUACAAACCCAGUGCAUGUGCAUUGUAUCUGAAGAGAAAAAGACUGGAAUGGAAUUGAAAUAUCUACCCGGCCAUUGGAACACACACAACAGUUGUUGAGUUACAACACUAUAGUUCAUGGUGUAACAUAGUCUAUUGAUGGUUUCCCCAAAUAGAAAAAGGCCCUUCGAGAGCAGUGGCUGAUGGAUGGGCUGAGCCCUCAGAGUGAGGAGGACCAGGAGGCCACCAAUCUACAGGCCCAGGGCGACCAGGAGCAAACCCUAUUACUGCAGAGUAACAUUGACAGGUACAUCUUACAAUGGGAUGAAUGGUGAGGUGUGGGUGUGUAUGUUUGUAUGUAUGUUUGAAUGUGUGUGUGUGUGUGUGUGUGUGUGUGUGUGUGUGUGUGUGUGUGUGUGUGUGUGUGUGUGUGUGUGUGUGUGUGUGUUACUGCUGAGUGAUUAACCAAAAUGUCUUACUUUUUCAGUAAAUUAAACAACCAAUUGACCGACAUUGGUUCAAUUACUUGAGAGAAAUUCCAUAGAGAGAAAUCAUAUCAAGCACGAAAGACAUCACAUCAAGAAUGAACUGUGGGAUGCUGUAGGGAGUUUUUAAUAGGGAAAUAUUCAACCUAGUUCAGCACAGUAAAACUUGGUAAUUAACUACAAUGACCAGAAUCCAUUGCGCCUUUUCUUCCCGGCCCCGCACAUACAGUAUACCCUAUACAGAUAUAUAUAUAUAUAUUUUUAAAUAUAUUUAACUUCACUUAAAAUGUAUUUCAAAUGUAUUUCAAAUACAUGUAGAUAUAUUUGCAUCUUUGCUCAGAUGCAUGUAAUGCCUUAAAAAGUAUUCCAGAAAUACAUGCAAAUACAUGGCCAUGACAUAUCGUCUACAAGGUGGCCAGAUGGUUAUUAUUAUAACACAACAAUGUAAUACACACAAAGGAAAACAAGAAUCAAUUUCAAAUUUCAAGCAAUUUAUUUGACCUGGGUUCACAUUAAUAAGCAUUUAAUUUCACACAUCAAUGUAAACGUUAAAAGUUAAAAGUUGAAAAGAAUUAAUAUUCCAUACAUUCAUGUUCUCGUCUCAUGACAUAUUCCAUAUUGCAUGGUAGAUACAGUGGUUUCUUUAGAUAUCCUACUUUUGUUGUCAAGCAUCACUGGACCAUCUCUCGCAACAGACCAUUUCUCAUGUAUUUACACUUGUUCCUUCACAUGACAUAAUAUUACUUCAUGUUCAUAUUCCAUGCUAGAUACAGUGGCUUCAUUUGGACUUCAAUGUAAAUGUUUUUUAAAAGUUAAAAACAAUUCAUAUUCCAUAUAUUUACGUUCUCGUCUCAUGACAUAUUCCAUGUACAUAUUCUAUAUUCCAUGCUAGAUACAGUGGUUUCUUUUUUUGUCACGUCUUACUAGACUAUCUCACAUCUAUUCACAAAUGUAAUCAACUUUCAGCUUGGUGGUUUGCAUGAACAAACGUUUACAUUUAAUUCUGGAAACAGGAAUUGCAGUUAAUUUACCAAGCGUUUUCAUGACAGAUUCAAAAUAAGAUGGUUAGCGAUGGUUGAGCAGAAGUUGUGUUUUCCCUUGUAAAAUAUCUUCCCAUAUUAUAACCCAUUACCCCUUUAUCGUGUUCACAGAAAAUGAAGGUAUUCACAGAGAAAAUGCUGUGGUCAACAUCAUCCAAGACAACAGUAUAAGAAUUGCAUUUGUAUACACGUGUGUAAUUUUCUGAAUGUAUCACUUCUCCAUUUAAAAUGACUUUGUUGAAAUAUUUCACUAUUCCUUUCUUUACUACAUGUUUGUGCAAAGCGAUAAAAUACGAUUUACUAAGAGUUCGAAUUGUAGGACUACCAAGGCCUGUGACACCACUGCAACUACGUGUCACAUGUAUUAACUGUAUAGGUCCUACAAGGAAUUCAAAUACUUUUGUUUGCAUUCUGAUGAAGCACUACCAAGUAUCUUGUGUCCAUAGGCUGGUAAGGCUCUCUGCAUCCAAAAUGUUUUAAGGAUUUGCAAAGCAACUCCUUGAGAGCCCUUGACUAUAUCUAUCAGAUUUGCAUUAUACGACUCAAAAACAAAACUGGAAUGAGUCCAGACACGACCAAAAUUGCGGAACAGUUUUUGGAAGGUGGAGGCAAAGAUGCACGUUAAAAGAAACAUUACCCACCCCAUAAACACAAUGCAUUUCUUUGACAAAAUGUUCAAGGAAAACUUCUGACUCAGAAAUAUGACUUUCGGUAAUGCUCUCGCCAAGUAGUAUAGAUACUACUAACCAAUGAGUUAAGUAACAAUCUGGCAAGAUUGACUAUAUAGUACACUCUUAGAAAAAAGGGUUCCAAAAGGGUUCUUUGGCUGUCCCCAUGGGAGAAACCUUUUCGGUUCCAGGUAGAACCCUUUUUGGUUCCAGGUAGAACUCUUUUGGGCUCCAUGUAGAACCCUCUGUGGAAAGGGUUCUACUUGGAACCAAAAAGGGUUAUUCUAUGGGGACAGCGGAAGAACCCUUUUAGGUUCUAGAUAGCACCUUUUUUUCUAAGAGUGUACAGGAGCCACAUGUACCAUUUGUGUGCCUUCCAAAAUGUUAUUUGGGUGAUCGAACUUGGUAAAAGUGAGACGUUGCAUUUUGGCUUUAUAUUCAAAAGCAUGUCAUCUAGAUAUUGAGUUGAUCUACCUAUAUAUACAGUUGAAGUCGGAAGUUUACAUACACUUAGGUUGGAGUCAUUAAAACUUGUUUUUCAACCAAUCCACAAAUUUCUUGUUAACAAACUAUAGUUUUGGCAAGUCGGUUAGGACAUCUACUUUGUGCAUGACACAAGUCAUUUUUCCAACAAUUGUUUACAGACAGAUUCCUUCACUGUAAUUCACUGUAUCACAAUUCCAGUGGGUCAGAAGUUUACAUACAGUAAGUUGACUGUGCCUUUAAACAGCUUGGAAAAUUCCAGAAAACGAUGUCAUGGCUUUAGAAGCUUCUGAUAGGCUAAUUGACAUAAUUUGGGAAAAUCAAAAGAAAUCAGCCAAGACCUCAGGAAAAAGAUUGUAGACCUCCACAAGUCUGGUUCAUCCUUGGGAGCAAUUUCCAAAUGCCUGAAGGUACCACGUUCAUCUGUACAAACAAUAGUAUUCAAGUAUAAACACCAUGGGACCACGCAGCCGUCAUACCGCUCAGGAAGGAGACGCGUUCUGUCUCCUAGAGAUGAACGUACUUUGGUGUGAAAAGUGCAAAUCAAUCCCAGAACAACAGCAAAGGACCUUGUGAAGAUGCUGGAGGAAACCGGUACAAAAGUAUCUAUAUCUACAGUAAAACGAGUCCUAUAUCGACAUAACCUGAAAGGCCGCUCAGCAAGGAAGAAGCCACUGCUCCAAAACCGCCAUAAAAAAGCCAGACUACGGUUUGCAACUGCACAUGGGGACAAAGAUCGUACUUCAUGGGGACAAAGAUCGUACUUUUUGGAGAAAUGUCCUCUGGUCUGAUGAAACAAAAAUAGAACUGUUUGGCCAUAAUGACCAUCGUUAUGUUUGGAGGAAAAAGGGUGUGGCUUGCAAGCCGAAGAACACCAUCCCAACCGUGAAGCACGGGGGUGGCAGCAUCAUGCUGUGGGGGUGCUUUGCUGCAGGAGGGAUUGGUGCACUUCACAAAAUAGAUGGCAUCAUGAGGAAGGAAAAUUAUGUGGAUAUAUUGAAGCAACAUCUCAAGACAUCUGUCAGGAAGUUAAAGCUUGGUCGCAAAUGGGUCUUCCAAAUGGGCAAUGACCCCAAGCAUACUUCCAAAGUUGUGGCAAAAUGGCUUAAGGACAACAAAGUAAAGGUAUUGGAGUGGCCAUCACAAAGCCCUGACCUCAAUCCUAUAGAACAUUUGUGGGCAGAACUGAAAAAGCGUGUGCGAGCAAGGAGGCCUUCAAACCUGACUCAGUUACACCAGCUCUGUCAGGAGGAAUGGGCCAAAAUUCACCCAACUUAUUGUGGGAAGCUUGUGGAAGGCUACCCGAAACGUAAAUAAAUAAAUAAAUUAUUCUCUCUAGUAUUAUUCUGACAUUUCACAUUCUUAAAAUAAAGUGGUGAUCCUAACUGUCCUAAGACAGGGAAUUGUUACUACGAUUAAAUGUCAGGAAUUGUGAAAAACUGAGUUUAAAUGUAUUUGGCUAAGGUGUAUGUAAACUUCCGACUUCAACUGUAUAUAUACCAUGACAUCUCAUGAUUUUCAAUGUUGAACUAUAAACUGGUCAUGCUUCUGGCAAUCCCCAAUAUCACUUUGUGCAGAUAAACUGGGAUAGGUCCCUCUAUUAUGUCAAAGUGUUUAAGCCGAGAUAAAUUACUGGGGCCUUUAAUUCCUUUUACAGCUUUGCCAGACUCUAGUGCUGAAUCUAUAAAUAAAUCAGUCUAAGACUGAUUUCUGAGUUGACAGUUUUCCUCAAAAGGAUAUGCACCUUUGCUACUACAGUACCUUUUUGGAGACAAAAAGUGCAGCCAAAUGUCCCAUUAAACUGUUUAAUGUUUUGAAGAGGUCCCAUGGGGCGGCGCACAAUUGGCCCAGCAUCGUCCAGGGCAGGGGAGGGAAUGGCCGGCAGGGAUGUAGCUCAGUUGGUAGAGCAUGGCGUUUGCAACGCCAGGGUUGUGGGUUCGAUUCCCACAGGGGGCCAGUAUGAAAAAAUAGAAAAAUAAUGUAUGCACUCACUAACUGUAAGUCGCUCUGGAUAAGAGUGUCUGCUAAAAUGUAAAUGUAAAAAUGUCUGGAGUUACAGACUAAAAUUAAAGGAAAGACUUUGCUAGUCACAAUUUCACCUUCAGGAUUUUUCCAUUUGACACCUUGAUCUUGCAAAGUAAUACAUUCAGCUACAAAAGGUUUCAAGUAUGUGGCUUUUGGGGCCUAAACCAUAAACCGCAGAGAAGGACGUGCUUGUUUCUCAGAUGUACAUGAAGCUCAUUAAUAGUACAAAGAAGCGGCCAAAUGCUAAAUAACGAGGAUUUAAAAAUUGGAACUCCGUCACAACUGAACUGAAGGGACAGAUUAUCAGGAUAAUUUUAGAGGUGACAGUUCCUUUUACAUCUUCCCAUCCUAUAUACCAUCUAUAGAAGCUGGGUUCUCUUUAACUAUCACAUCUAUGCUUUAGAUCAUUUGCAAUCUCAGGUUCCUGCAACAUAUUCUGAAUUUGCUCUUCUAAGGGCAAAUAUAUAUUUUUUAAAUACCGUCUUUCCGAUUUUUCGAUUGCCUUCUUACAGCUCCUGCAGUACACCGUCGUAUCAGAAUGUUCCACCAUGCAAAGACCAAUUCUCACGCGUAGUGAAUUUCCAUGUACUGUUUCGUUUCAUCAAAAUACAUGUAAAAUAAUAACGGAAUUACUCCCACCCACAAGAUUCAUGACUUUGAUGAUGUCCUCUCGGCAAUCAUUGGUCAAACUAUACUUCAAUUUUACAGACAGAAACAGAAGUUCAUUUAGUUAUUUAGUCUGUUUGGGCUCAGUGUCUGUCUCACAGUCAUCUGGGACUAGAUCAUCUUCUGAGUUGUAUUGGAGACCAUCUGCCUCAGAACGAAGAUCAUCUAGAUGGGGACGAAGGUCAUCCACAUGGGUCGGUCCAGCACAGCCUGAUUGAUGUCCACCCAGAUUGCUUUGUCCAGCGCUGAGAGGCACCUUCAAUAAAACAUCACAGUACUUUACUUUAAAUAACAUAAAAAACAUUUUAUUUUGCAUUGAAAUGUCUUGAACUGGCCACAAGAACACUUUUGACCAGCCAGAGGAUAAAACCUGUCAUGUGCUACAAUGUUUAUCCUCUCUCUGACCCUAUAGUAACAGUGUUUAGAAAGUUCAUGUUUGUUCACCUGUGGAUUCCUAUAGUAACAGUGUUAGGGCAGAUAUUGUUUCAGGUACCUGUGUAUUUCUACAGUAACAGUUGAAAACAUCCUGUGGUGUGCCAGUCCAAAUAAAACAUGCCCCCCUGUCCUAAAUGACUACAGGCCUGUCGAGUUGAUUUCACAUUAUUAAAAAUAACUCACUAGCUAAACUAAACUCAGUUGGUAGAUUCUCUCUCUGUUGUCUCUCCUCCUUAACCCUGUCUCUUGUCCCUCAUAGGUAUGUAGAUGAUGCAUUUCUAUAUCAUGUCUGCAUAAUUAACUGUAUGUUACUGUUCAUUCAUCACCAUUACGGCAUCCUUUUACCACAGGGGGGCAGAAUAAUUAUGUUCUCUGAAAAUGUUGUUUCAUAUCCCCCAUUCAAAUCAUUGCAUAUUCUGUUCACUUUAUGAUGUGACUGAUUUAAACUUACCGUAAAGUUACUUCUUUCAUUGUGGCCAUCUUCAUUCAUUGUGAUGCCAGAAUAGUGUCCCCUAAGAGAUAAUUGACAGUCAUUUAAUAUCAUCUUGAACUGAGCCAUUCAUUCCUUCUACUUAUCAGAUAUAGCUAACAUUAAUUACAACUAACAAUCAUCAUAAUUGUCACUAACAAUAAUCACUAAUUCCACACAAAAUGGCGGCACACUUGUAGGCCACCAUAACUUGUUAUCUGCCAAGCUGUAGCCUUAAAUAUAAGUAUAUUGCAAUUAGUUAUUUACCACUUAAAAUAUAGAUAGCUAGCUAAAUAUCUUGGUAUUAAAUCCUACCAAAAUCAACAGUCUAGUGUGGUUGAAUGUAAAUUUUGAACAGCUUCUUGCACACAAAAUGUAUGCCAUGAGAGAGAAAUGUACACAUUCAACCACACUAGCUAGACUGUUGAUUUUGGUAGGAUUUAAUACCAAGAUAUUUAGCUAGCUAUCUUUAAGUGGUAAAUAACUAAAUGCAAUAGACUUAUAUUUAAGGCUACAGCUUGGCAGAUAACAAGUGUAGCUCAGUUGGUAGAGCAUGGUGCUUGCAACGCCAGGGUUGUGGGUUUGAUUGCCAGGGGGGCCAGUAUGAAAAUGUAUGCAUUCACUUAACUGUAAGUCGCUCUGGAUAAGAGCAUCUGCUAAAUGACUAAAAUGUAAAAAAAUGUAAAUACACAAGAGGGAUAGAGACAGUUUGUGAGGUAGCUCUACCUGAUUGAUAGUUUUAGCAGUCUUGAAAAUGCCUUAUCUACUUUGAAGAACUACUAAAAUAGUGAUUUCGGCAGAAAGCUCUGCAGCAUGGGCAGCUGUGGCAACCCAAUGAUCAUGGGCUACCCUUUUCGCUAGCCAAGGGGACCUUGGCUCGUUGGGUAGCACAGAGAUAGCGUAGAUGGUUGUCUGGCAGUCUGGCUGCUACUGCUUGAGCAGAGAUGAGGUGACUUUAAGAAAUGAAAGAAUAAAGUCAUCAAAUAAAAAAGAAAUAAUAUACAUAACAAAAAUAUUUUAUUUAAUUAAAGUAAUGUGAAUAAAUUAUGGUAAAUAAGUGCUAAGCAGUAAUGGUAGUCACUACAGCAUGGGGGUCCUAUGAAUUGCUUUAGUCUGUGCUGUUAAGAGACAAUGGAAUGUUAUUAAUAUUAAUGUUAUUAAUAUUUUGCUUUGGAAUUUCAAUUAAAAAGCAAAAAAACUCAUUUCAAGGUCUUUAAAUGUAAAAAUUAAUAAUAAUCGAAAACCGUGAUCAUUUUUUAAAAACCGAACCCGAACCGACCUCAAAAAGCACUAAUCACUCAGCACUAGUGUGCUAGUGCGUUCGUUCAUGUUUGCUUGUGUGUGGCUGAGUGCAGUGCACACAUUCACGUGUUAGUGAGUCAAGAGCAUACGUUUCUAAGUCAAAGGGCAACACAGGAGAUUUCCGAACACUUUCCCUUUCUAGCCUGAGCUACUAUGAGUGGGAAACGAUUGGAAGGAUUACACCAAGAUGGUGCUCUUUAACCCACUGCUUAACCCCUGUGAGAGGCUUUGUAUGUCAGCCAACGGUCGUACAGAUAGUCUUCCCACCCCAACCAUUGUUACGUAAAAACCUGUCUACUGUGCUGUUUAAACCAACCCCCUUAGAGAGGAUUACUCCCUCUAAGUACCCUUAUGCAAUAACAAUACUAACUUCUAGAGAGUAUAGAGUGUUACUCUCUAGUGUUAUAGUGUUAGUGUACGUAUAUACUGAGUGUACAAAACAUUAAGAACAACUUCCUAAUAUUGAGUUGAAUUUUUGCCCUCAGAACAGCCUCAAUUCAUCAGGGCAUGGACCCUACAAGGUGUCGAAAGCGUCCCACAGGGAUGCUGGCCCAUGUUGACUCCAAUGCUUCCCACAGUUGUGUCAAGUUGACUGCAUGUCCUUUGGGUGGUGGACCAUUCUUGAUACACACAGGAAACUGUUGAGCGUGAAAAAACCCAGCAGCAUUGCAGUUCUUGACACAAACCAGUGUGCCUGGCACCUACUACCAUACCCCGUUCAAAGGUACUUCAAACUUUUGUCUAGCCCAUUCACCCUCUGAAUGGCACAUAUACACAAUCCCUGUCUUAAUUGUCUCAAGGCUUAAAAAUCAUUCUUUAACCUGUCUCCUCCCCUUCAUCUACACUGAUUGAAGUGGAUUUAACAAGUGACAUCAAUAAGGGAUCAUAGCUUUCACCUGGAUUCACCUGGUCAGUCUAAGUCAUGGAAAGAGCAGGUGUUCUUAAUGUUUUGUACACUCAGUGUCACUCUAAUAACAUAUACUAUAUAUAGAUUUUAGUAUAGCUCUCAGAGUAUAGCUGUAAGUGCUAAUAUGUUCUAUCAGAGCGAGGCACUGUUAUAUUUUCUGAUGGUAGAACAUUAAUGGAGAGACGAGUGAACUAGAGUGACCCGUCUCUUGUCUGUCCUGCUAUCCUGCCUGUCAGCAUUGAUGUGAUGAGAUGGGCUCUGAGCUUUGUUCACUGGACCGUAUCAGAGCUGUGUGAUAAAUCUAUGUCCUAAAUGGCACCCUAUUCCCACCCUUUGGGUCCUGGUCAAAAGUAGCACACUAUUCAAAAGUAGUGCACUAUAUAGAGAAUAGGGUGGCAUUUGGGACGCAAACAAAAGCACCAAACCAAUCUGGAGAGAAAUCCUCCUCAUCACCUGGAAAAAACAACCUAUCAACGAUCAGGAUGAGGGUUCAGAAAUAGACUUUGACCCCUGACCAAAACAAUCACAUUUAGAAAAACACAUAAACAGCCUAUCAAUAUUCACCUUAAGGAGAGUAUAUCAAAAUUAUUGGAUAUAAACCGCAUACUGAUAAACACAAAUUAAAUCAAGCAAUCUAUCUCUAUCAAAGAACAAGCAUAGUCAUUGUACAUGUUAAUUUAUAUGCUAAGCUAUGAGUGACCGACUACCGAUGAUUACGGUUGAAAUGGAUAAGGUAAUUUCCAUGCAACUGUCAAUUUGUUUUUCAGAUUUUCAUAGGAAUACCGUUGCUUGCUGAGCAAUUACUGUCUGUUUGGUGUAAUUGCGGCUGCUAAGCUGCUCUAUGUUUUGCAUCCACUUUACAGAAUGGAGACGGAAAUAGAGGCUCUGGAAACACAGGAGCUGCAGAUUUCAGCCAACGAGGAAGUGAUUCUGAAGCGACUGAAGGAGGUAGAGAGGACUGCAGAGGACAUCAUCAAGGUAUUGCUCGUCUAAUACUAACAUUAGACCAUUACUUUGUGCUUAUAUUGUGGGACUUGUAUUUACAUCCAUUAUUCUGGUUCUUUGGAGAAGAGCAAGGGUUCAUGGGUAUUAGGCCUAAUGCUUGAAUCUUGAGUUUGCAGUGUACUUGGUUUAUCAUUCUCGUCGUCGACCUCACACUAACAUCAAUGGGGGGGUGGAUAAUGUCUAAUACUCUGUGUCUAUGUCCUUUAUGUCUAUGGGGAAUGGCUUCAUUCCAAUGAAAUGGAGGAUAUUAAUUGAAUAUGCAGGUAGUGAUUUGUGUUAAAGUUGUUGUUUUCACAAAGAGGUUGCUGUGAACUGACUGUGUGGGUGUGCGGUGGUUAGCAAAGGUCUGCUUAUAGAGGAAAAGGUGAUGCGAAAUGGAAGGCAAUUAUAUUGAUGGAGGGCAGAAGGUGCCAAUGGUCUACUUGCAUGUUUUCUGAUUCCUUGGAUAUGGUGUCUAAUCACUGACCUGAAACUAACAACCCUUGAGCCGUUUGGAAAGGACUAACGUACUUUCUUUUUCACCUGGUUUGUUGUGAUUUUUCGCAUCAUCCUUUCAGUCGGUUUUGAUUUUGAACACCUGUAUCUCCACACAGGAGUUAAAUGCUGAAUACCAGGCAGGUAAAUACUUUUGUUGCUCUUGGUGUUGUGCUUGUCUUCCUAACAUUAUAUUCCUAUAUUUAUUCUAUAUUAACAUCUACUGGAGGACUAAUGGCAUAUGUGAACUGACUGGGUUGUUAUCUUUACAGACCCGAUACAAUACAUUUACUCACCGAUUCCAAAUAUGCCAGAUUUCCAGAUGCCAAGGUCCAUCACACCUACCAGUAGACCACUGAGGAAAAGUACAAAUCCACAGGAAGGACUUGAUGGUGAAGAACCAAAGCAGGGUAUAUAAACAAUAUACAGUAUUCUGAAUGCAAUAUCUGGCAUAUGUUAUUUAGAGUGAAAAAAGUAUUUGAUCCCCUGCUGAUUUUGUACGUUUGCCCACUGACAAAGACAUUUUAGUCAUUUAGCAGACGCUCUUAUCCAGAGCGACUUACAGUUAGUGAGUGCAUACAUUUUUUAUAUUUUUUUCAUACUGGCCCCCUGUGGGAAUCGAACCCACACCCUGGCAUUGCAAACGCCAUGCUCUACCAACUGAGCUACAUCCCUGCCGGCCAUUCCCUCCCCUACCCUGGGCCAAUUGUGCGCCGCCCCAUGGGUCUCCCGGUCGCGGCCGGCUACGACAGAGCCUGGAUUCGAACCAGGAUCUCUAGUGGCACAGCUAGUACUGCGAUGCAGUGCCUUAGACCACUGCGCCACUCGGGAGGCCAUGAUCAGUCUAUAAUUUUAAUGGUAGGUUAAUUUGAACAGUGAGAGAUAGAAUAACAACAAAAAAAUCCAGAAAAACGCAUGUCAAAAAAUGUUAUAAAUUGAUUUGCAUUUUAAUGAGGGAAAUAAGUAUUUGACCCCCUCUCAAUCAGAAAGAUUUCUGGCUCCCAGGUGUCUUUUAUACAGCUAACGAGUUGAGAUUAGGAGCACACUCUUAAAGGGAGUGCUCCUAAUCUCAGUUUGUUACCUGUAUAAAAGACACCUGUCCACAGAAGCAAUCAAUUAAUCAGAUUCAAAACUCUCCACCAUGGCCAAGACCAAAGAGCUCUCCAAGGAUGUCAGGGACAAGAUUGUAGACCUACACAAGGCUGGAAUGGGCUACAAGACCAUCGCCAAGCAGCUUGGUGAGAAGGUGACAACAGUUGGUGCGAUUAUUCGCAAAUGGAAGAAACACAAAAGACCUGACAAUCUCCCUCGGCCUGGGGCUCCAUGCAAGAUCUCACCUCGUGGAGUUGCAAUGAUCAUGAGAACGGUGAGGAAUCACCCAGAACUACACGGGAGGAUCUUGUCAAUGAUCUCAAGGCAGCUGGGACCAUAGUCACCAAGAAAACAAUUGGUAACACACUACGCCGUGAAGGACUGAAAUCCUGCUGUGCCCGCAAGGUCCCCCUGCUCAAGAACGCACAUAUACAGGCCCGUCUGAAGCUUGCCAAUGAACAUCUGAAUGAUUCAGAGAAGAACUGGGUGAAAGUGUUGUGGUCAGAUGAGACCAAAAUCGAGCUCUUUGGCAUCAACUCAACUCGCCGUGUUUGGAGGAGGAGGAAUGCUGCCUAUGACCCCAAGAACACCAUCCCCACCGUCAAACAUGGAGGUGGAAACAUUAUGCUUUGGGGGUGUUUUUCUGCUAAGGGGACAGGACAACGUCACCACAUCAAAGGGACGAUGGAUGGCGCCAUGUACCGUCAAAUCUUGAGUGAGAACCUCCUUCCCUCAGCCAGGGCAUUGAAAAUGGGUCGUGGAUGGGUAUUCCAGCAUGACAAUGACCCAAAACACACGGCCAAGGCAACAAAGGAGUGGCUCAAGAAGAAGCACAUUAAGGUCCUGGAGUGGCCAAGCCAGUCUCCAGACCUUAAUCCCAUAGAAAAUCUGUGGAGGGAGCUGAAGGUUUGAGUUGCCAAACAUCAGGCUCGAAACCUUAAUGACUUGGAGAAGAUCUGCAAAGAGGAGUGGGACAAAAUCCCUCCUGAGAUGUGUGCAAACCUGGUGGCCAACUACAAGAAACGUCUGACCUCUCUGAUUGCCAACAAGGGUUUUGCCACCAAGUACUAAGUCAUGUUUUGCAGAGGGGUCAAAUACUUAUUUCCCUCAUUAAAAUGCAAAUCAAUUUAUAACAUUUUUGACAUGCGUUUUUCUGGAUUUUUUUGUUGUUAUUCUGUCUCUCGCUGUUCAAAUAAACCUACCAUUAAAAUUAUAGACUGAUCAUGUCUUUGUCAGUGGGCAAACAUACAAAAUCAGCAGGGGAUCAAAUACUUUUUUCCCUCACUGUAUAUACACACAAUGAGUGGCCAUCUGCACUCUUUUAUAGUCUUUAACACAACGUUACGUCAUGUUACAGGUGUGUAGGUUUCAACAAGCAGGAUAAUGUAAUGAAUAGAUACCCGCACACUGUCGAAAACAUAGAAAAAACAUGAUGAUAUCUGGAAUUAUGAAGCACUUCACCUGUACAUCACAGUGAAUUUUCAUGUGAUAUGGGCCUUUAUAUGAUCAUCCUCUGUAAGUGACUCAUUUGGAUUCCUAGAACACAGAUUCACAGCUUGAAUCAGGCCUUGACACCUGCUGUUCCAAUCAUGUCAUUCCAAAGCCUGUAAUUUAAUAUUUUUUGCAUUGCAGAAAUUGGAAUAAGUGAUAUGAAUCAGAAAAAAUGUAAAUCUUUUUUCAGUUGUCAAGGACCAAUAAUUUGAUUAUUUAUUGAACACAUAAAUACAUGAAAACAGUGUACAGACAGGAGUUAUAACCUACUGUACAUUUUUGUGGUACAUUCAAAAUACAUUCAGUAUUUUAUAUGAAUCAUACACCUUGUGUUCUAGUUGUUGUCCAUCCUAUGUCCUCUCUCUCUCUCCGUAGCUAUGUUCGCCAUGGAGAUCAGUGUAGAGAAGGACAUGAGAACAGGAGAGAGCCAAGUCGUGUCCAUGGCCACCCUAACCCCUGAAGAGUUCCAACAGAAGGGUGUGAUGGUCUACGAUGAUGGGAAGAAGUCUGUCUAUGCCCUACGCUCGGAGGGACUGGUGACCCAGAAUGGGGUGGGGGUAGGCGAACUGAGUAACGUUGAGGUGGAGGAGCUCCUGCGCCAGGCUGGCGAUGCAAAGGUCCCCACAGAGGUCCAGUACCACAAGCCUGUCUACGCUGCUCCUUACACCAGCAGGCCUUCAACCCCUGCAUGGAAGCCUGAGCAGGGACACGUCAGCCCCGGUCCUGCUGGGCCCAAUGGCCAUCGGACCUCCAUUACAACCCCCCAUCCUCAAGCUCUGCCCAGAGAUGGAGCUCAGAGCAAGGAAGAAAUAGCCAGCCCAGCCCCGUCUCACAUUCCAAACCUCUACGCCGACAAGCAUCUAGUGCAGCCUCAAUCACCCCCUCAUCAAGGUUUCAAAACUGGACAGAGCCUCACCAAUGGUAGCAGUGGUAUAGCUCCACACCCAGAUAAAAACAGACUCAGACCAGCUAUCAUCACAGUCCAGAGUUCAGGAGAAAGCCGCACUCCCAUACCGCCGAUAGAGAAUACUGUGACAGAUUGGGACAGGCAGUCACCAAUCUACCCCAACAGUCGUCAGUCUCCAUUCUACCCCAGCAGUCGACAGUCACCAUUUUACACCAGUGACAGUGGUGAGUCCUCCUUCAACAUAAUGAACACCUUGCCACCUGAUCUGGACUCUGAACCAGUGACAAUGAUCUUCAUGGGCUACCAGAACGCAGCAGAAGAGGAAGAUGAGGAGAAUAUCCAAGCCGAGCUGGUCGUCAUCGGAAACGGUGAUGAUGAUGAAGAAGAUGACAACAACGUACCCUCGUACCACCCCGAGGGAUACCAAAGCAAGAUCUUCCAACCCACAGACAAAUGCAACAACAAUACAAACUAUACUGCAGAUUACACAAACUCUGAGAGUCUACUACACCGACCCACAUUCACCCACAAACCUGGCAAGCGGAGUUCCGACCCAGAACGACAGCCCCUAGCCAUAGAAGAGCCCAUGAGUGCAGGUAUCAAGACGGGCAAAAAUAAAUGCUGCUUGUUAAGGGGAGGGGGGGGCUCGUCAAUCCCUCUCCCUCUCUCAUCAAAUGCUAAACUACCCUCUCAUCUACACUAACAACCUAACACUCUCUCUCUGAUCUUGUGAGCCUUUGAGAUCACACUCUAACGCUGUAGCUGCUGCGCCAACCUACUCACAGCCCAAGCAUGUAGGGCAUUCUCUAUCCCCUGGACCCCACGUUCAUCCUCUUUUGUCUUCCAUUAACAAGAUAAUAAGGCACAGUUUUAUAGCGGUUACCACAUCUGGCAUUACUUUAUGUAGCCUUAUUUUAACUAUAGUCAGAUUUGACAAAUGAAUGGAAGCUUUAAACUGUUUUGAAUCAAAACAAUAUCGGAGAGAUGUUGUCAUUUAAAUCAGUGUAUUACUAACUUGUUUUUUUGAGAGACUUUAGCUCCAUCCAGUGGCCAUACUGAUGAACACAUCAACAUUUGCUUGGUCAUGUUCUGGGUACAGGUGAACUGAAUGCCAAAGAUGAUGAUGCUGCUUGUAAGGCAAGCCAUUACAUUUCUCGAAUGAGAUGUUCUAAUUUUUAUAUAAGAUUAAGUGCUUGGUCAUUGCUAAUGUAUUUGUGUGCUAUCUAACUCGACUGUUCUGCAAAAUGUCUGCUUUUGUAGCCAAACUAAUUAAAACUACCUCAUCAUACUAUCCACUGGUUGCAGUUCUCUCUUUGUCAAUUCAGAGUACAAUUUCACAGCAUGACUAAACUGCUGACUAACUGACUUAUACUGGCAAUCAUACAAUACUCUUUCAAUAUAAUGAUUUACCUGACUUCAAAGGGUGAUUAUUUAUAUAUCACCAUUUAGUAAUGUUUUGGUUUAUCCGCUUCCCUGAAUCUCACUCCCCAUUAUUGUGUUGGAUUGGUACAGAUGUUGAACUAUGUUCCAUGUUUUUUUAGGUCUCUAUUGGCAAGCAUGUCCUUGGGUAUUUUUCCUAAGCCAUCUGAAAAGCCAAGACUGAGGCUGAGGAACAUGAAUUGGCAUAUGCUUGAGAAAUACUUACAUAAGCCUUUUCUUACCAUUAUAUAAGCUACAAUUUCGAUGGAAAAAAUCCCUUCCACCCUACCCAUUAUUUCAAUUCUAUUCAAUUUCAUGGUAAAGAAGAAGUCUUAGAGACAGCAAGACAAUGCAUACUAAUGCAUUAGUAUUACAUAAGGAUAUUCACACAGGUUGUUCUUCUUAUACCAUGGAAACCUUCAGGAGAACAUUUUAUAUUACUGGUUUGUGGGAUGAUUGACUACAAUUUAGGAGAUAAUCAAGAUUCUGUCCAAAAUAUUGAAUUUAAACAUUGUCAAUUUUUCUCCUCCACAGCUUAUAAAGUGAGAAUGUCAAAGCUAGGGGGGAAAGUGUAACCGGCAAAGUGAUUGAUUCCCGUCCCUGAAGAAUAACGAACAGAAAAGAGUGGUCCUAUGGAACAGACCUUUUCUACACACUACUUUGCUCAUCAGAUACAGGACGUAUUCAAAGAGACAGACCACUGACAAGACAGAUGGAUGAUUAGAAUUUAAUUUAUAUUAUCAUGGAAGUGCCAAGAUGGUCUAUGAAUGUGUGAAAUCGAAAAUAUCUGUAUAUCAAUCAUGCAUUUAUGGUAUGUCAAUGUUUAAUUUAUUAGGUGUAGUAUUCAUUCAGCAACAAUAUUUAUUCAAAGACAUUUGCUGUUCAUUUCUAAAAUGGCUGUGGAAGUGUUUUAAUGCCAAAGUGACCUACCUUUUGCUGCUGUCAGUGCUUUUACAAAAUCUACAAUAAGGAAUUGAUUCCUGAACAUAUUAAUGCCAUUGGUAAUAUUGCAUACUAAAUUAGAAAAUAAAAAGUUGUUAUCUGAAUAACCAAAGAAAAUGUAUAACAAAGACUGGGCAUAAUAACUUUGACAUUAUGUUUUCUAUCAACAUGUUAUUUCUAUGGUUGAGAGUUUGUACAUUGAUUGACCAUACAUUCAGUGAAGGGAUUGUUAUCAAUUGAAAUAGUCACAAAAGCAUAUCUGAACGAGAUACACACAAUCGUCAAUUCAAGUUACAGUACACUGUACAAACCUUAGGAAAGGAAACACGAGAAGAUUAGAAACACCUGGGAACUUGAACAUUAAGUUUCUGGUUUUGACUAAAUGCUUCACAGGGUUACCAUAGUACAAAACAUUAGUAUUCUCAACGUUACUCACAGCAGAGAAGUCUUGGGUACACUCUUUAUGAAUGUGCGACAGUGUGCG